AGCUCUCAGAAUUCACAUAAGGACAGACCUUUAAAUUACCUUGGCUGUUUACAGGCCUAGAUCUAGGCCUAGUUGAAUUAAUAAAGAAUUGCACACUGUCACUGAUCACUGCACGUCUGCCUGAGAUGAAUUGAAGUUAAUGCAUUGUGUCAUUUGUGAAUUCGUGAAUAACCCCGUAGGCCGUACGAGAAUAACCAGCCCGGAUGACCAGUUGGCAUGGUUGGCAAACGUAACUGAUUGAAUAUAUCUGAAAAGCUAGAGCAUAAGCCAGGCAUAACAGUCCGAUAAUUCAACUCUUUAAUCGAGUAUCAAUUGCUUUAAAUUCAAGCAUAUAUAAAUUGAUAUUGAUCCAUCAUGUUCGGGGACCAGAAUAACGUUCGUGAAGUGGAAGAAGCCUUGGCGAGGCACGCCUGUCAACCAGCUGGAUUUGGCCUUGGCAGUUUCUUAGACCUGGACCAACUUGCACAGCAAGUCCAGACCUUAAAGAUGAACCUAGAUGUAUCUGUUUUACCCCAACAGUGCAAGUCCUUCUUCACCAUGGAACCAUCAAGUCCAGGAGUAGAAUUAGAUGACGGUGGAAUGAGCUCGAUAGAGAUGGAUGAUUCUCGUGCUCACUCCCAAGAAGGAGGCUGUUGCUAUGGUGAUGAUGAUGAAGUUGGUCUUCUGAAUAUUCCUGUCCAAGCAUUUCUUCACAUUCUCCAAUACCUUGAUGCCAAAGACAUCUGCAGUCUCAGUUCGACCUGUAGGCAGUGCAAUAGCUUCUGCAGUGAUCAACAUCUCUGGAAGUCAGUUCUCAACAAGGACAUGGUUAAGUGGUCAGAGGUCAGCCAUGGAACCUAUCCCACAAACCUCACUGCUUCGCAGGAUGUGGAUUAUAAAGAUGUCUACAUGAGAUGUCAUCCAGAAUUGCAGCGAGAUCCAGCCUUCAACCUUGCAUCCAUUCCGCGACUUCUUUGGUCUUUCCUUCCGCAUCGCACCCCCAUCAUCGUCAUGUUCGGCCCCGGCCUAGAGACCGACACCUCUACCAUCGUCCGAAAGUUCAUCACCGGUCACGGUUCCAACAUCAUCAAAGUGAACGGUGUCUUUCCUGCAAUGUACCCAGGUAGUGUCGGUACCGGUUUUGAAGUGACAGUGAAUGACAAGAGCAGAAUGAGACUGGUAGUCCUGUACUCAGCUACUAGGAAAGAGCGUGAAGCACGUGACUCCAAUCAGCCCAGAAUGAGCAAACUCAUCAAACGAACUUCACCUCCUAACCAAGGUGAGGAAGAGGGCGCUAGUCGUAACGAUGGAGAGGAUCAUGGGAAUGGUGCUCCAGCCAGUCGUGUGACGGCGGAUGAUGAAGAUUAUUUGAACUUUGAACCCAAUGAUCAUGUGAAGUCUAUGUGUCGAGUGGUUGGAGGAUUUAUAUUUGUGGUUGAUGCAGCGCAGCAGUUAAACCAAGGUUCUUGUAGCUCAGGGAGGCCGGAACUAUUCGCCUUUAUGGAUUCAAGAUGGACGCCUGAACGGAAGCCACUUCUUGUUCUGUCCAGCAUAGCCAACCCAGAUGUACCCAGAAUACCUUGCGUGAGAGUAGCGGAUCAGCUUUCACUGGACAGACUACAACGACCUUGGAAGGUUGUUGAUUGUGAUGUUUCUACACUGAGUGGCCUUUCUGAAGGGGUUGAUUGGCUCGUUGGAUCAGCACAGAAAAUGUAAGGAACUCCAGAACCAUUCUAGAUCAUCUUGAUGUUGAUUGAUUACUCAUCAACAGCAGGGAGGAAUCUCUUUGACCUUUCAGUGAGGGGGAGUUCAUCUACAAACCCAUUUAAAACCAAUCUGAGGAAACAUUGGUCAAGUAAGAAAAGUAAACUCGACCCAGAAGUAGUCAACUGUCUAUGCCCUUUAGUGGCACAGAGCCCUUGAUAGUAUAGAAUUUCGUCAUCUUUAUGGUUGCAAAGGGGCAAAUAUUUUUCUUUGUAACUAUAAGGCUACUUAAUAAAAGGUUGACUACUUGACCAUACCUUACAUUGAAGGAGGGAAAAUGAGAUGUUUCUUUUUUCAUGUUAUGGAAUACAAAAGAAACAGUGUGUUUGUGUGUGAUGUCAUCAGGGCUCUUAUUUGCAUAACCCUGUGGUGGUGAUAUUUUUUAUCUAAUUGCUAAGAAAGCAUGAAUGCUUGUAAACAAGCAACCAGAGGACUGAUAGCAUAAUGUCCUAUCUGAGGG